CUCGCUCUCAUAGGCUUUUGACUGAGCACCGCUAAAUAUUGGAACCUUUGCUAGAGGUGUAGCAUAUCCAGGAGGCUGUUUGGGCGUUUCCUGGCGUUUGGGACCACCUGUUCACCUUCAUCGAAGUCCGCCCGCUUGUGCACCCGAGGCUGAACUCAAAGAAUACACGAUGCCGCUUCAAGAAAUCGCCGAAACACACGAGCUUGCGAACCACCUCCUCAUGAUAGGACACUGACGUCAUGGAUUGGAUAGCGCUUUAGUUCUAAUUCUGGUGAACCUGAAUUUCCCAUGUGUGGAUGUGCGUGACGUCCUUCUACCCAUGGACAGCUGACAAAGGAGUCUCCCCAACUGCUUCCAAACACAGAAGUCACAAAUCAGCACGGAAGUAUGUCCAACCUCCCCGCCCACGCUCCUGGUCAGACCUACUGCGACGUAUCGGCCCUCGAAGCGGGACACGUCCGGGUCCCCCUUGACUAUCUCAUUGACACCGCCAAGGGGGGCGAGACACGGGAGCUCCCCUCUCUUUCCUUUCUCCUUCGGCACUCCCAGAACGGCGACAUCUUCGUCUUCGACCUCGGGAUCCCCAAGGACCUCCAGACUCUGCCCCCGAUGUACCACGAGCGUAUCGCGCAGAUGUUCGCCAUAACCGUCCCGGAGGACGCGGCGGACUCGCUCGCCAAGGGCGGCCUCGACCCCACGGCCGUUAAGCACCUCUGCUACUCGCACAUCCAUUUCGAUCACAUCGGCGACUCGCGUCCCUACACCAACGCGACGUUCCUCGUCGGCGCGGCUGCGAGGCCUCUCGCCACAAACGGAUGGCCUGCGGACCCUAAGUCGCUCUUCUCGCAGAACCUGCUCCCCGAAGGGCGUACGCGCUUCCUCGACCCCGCGGACUGGCCGCCGCUCGGCCCGUUCCCGCACGCGCUCGAUUUCUACGGAGACGGAAGUCUGUACAUCAUCGACGCACCAGGGCACAUGCCGGGUCAUAUCAACGUCCUCGCGCGCACGUCGCCCGACGGAGGCUGGAUCUACCUCGCUGGGGAUAGUGGACACGACCGCCGGCUGCUCACAGGCGAGGCGCACAUUCCGGUUCAUCAGGUGUAUGGCUGCGCGCACGGCGACAAGGAGGUAGCGGCGGCACACCUCGCGAGGAUCCGGGCGCUCAUGGAGACCUAUCCGCGCGUGCGGGUGCUUCUUGCGCACGACGUGCCAUGGUACGAAGUGAACAAGGGCGGGCCCGGGUUCUGGCCUGGGGUGAUCGACUCCCUGUAG